AAACAGAGCCUGAGUUCCUGUGCGGGCUAAAGAUGGCGGCGUCAGGAGCCGGGUCUCCCGGCCGGCUGGUCCAGUACGUGGUGGUCCGCUCGGAUCUGGUUCAUAAACUGUCCUGGCCCCUGGGGGCCGUGAUAACUCAGGCCUGCCACGCCGCUACCGCCGCCAUCCACCUGCACUACGGAGACCCGGACACGCAGCGCUACCUGUCCGAGCUGGACUCCAUGCACAAGGUGGUGCUGGGGGCUCCAGAUGAGGCUGCCCUCUCUGGUCUGUCAGAGUCUCUGAAGCAGGCUGGUGUCUCUCACAAGCUUUGGAUCGAACAGCCUGAGAACAUCCCCACGUGUUUAGCCCUGAAGCCGUAUCCAAAAGAGACUGUCCAGCCACUGAUGCGCAAGUUCAAACUCUUCAAAUGACUUCUGCUCCAAACGCCGCUGCCACGCUGAGACACUCUCCAUCCGGACACUCAUUUUUAUUUUAAAUUGCAGUCUGCAAAAUGGACAGUGGGCACUGCACCCUUUUCUGUCCAGGAUUAAAAUCUGAAAUAAUUGUCUGCUAAUCUGGGUUUAUUUGUUCUGAUGUUUUACAAAAUACAAAAGCUGUGUGGCAUUCGUUUGUGAUGUAAAAGCAACAAAAAUCCCUUAUCUCACCCCCAGCUGGUUCUCAUUGCUCAUCUAAAUACACUGCAUUAAACAGGAAUGGUUUAACUCAG